AUGAUCUACGAGUUAACGGUGAAGAACGGCAUUCGAUCCGGCACUGGAAACGCCUAUAUUGAUCCAAAUCCAUAUCCCAAUAACUUGCACAUAAUGGGCAACUCUCUGGUGACUAGGAUUCUCUUCAGCAAUGCAAUGGGCGGCGGAAACCCAACAGCAACUGGUGUGGAGUUUAGGCGAAAUGGCGUCACUAAUACAGUAAGAGCCAGCAGAGAAGUCAUUGUUUCUGCCGGUUGCAUCGCUUCACCACAACUUUUGCUACUGUCGGGCAUUGGGCCUCGUGACCACCUGCAGUCCUUUGGCAUUCCAGUUGUGGCUGACCUGCCGGUGGGCAACAACUUCCAAGACCACGUUUUCAUACAUCAUUACUACGAGGUGAAGAACACCUCCUUGAUCAAUGAGGCCAUUGGUCCGACUGUGCAGCAGUUCUACAGCUUUUACGUGCAAAACACAGGCCGCCUGACAGAGCUGCCCAAUUCUAUUACCUUUUUCAGCACCAGCGGCAAUGAUGAUCCCAACUGGCCUAAUGCGGUCAUCGACACCAACACGUACAAUGUCGCACAAAAUGAAAGCACAAUCUUAGCCGGUUACGGACCGCAGUACCAGUCACAGUGGGCUGACUUUUGGCGGCCCUACCUCGGAAAGCAGUACUUACUGAUCACCUCUGCCGUUUACCGCACUUACAGUCGAGGCACCAUUCGACUGGCCUCUACCGAUCCCACCGCAGCGCCACUCAUCGACCCGCAGUACCUCAGUGAUCAGCGUGACAUGGAGGCGCUCGUGAACAUGACCAAGAUGCUCUUCUACAUGACGAUGACGGGAGACUUCCCUAACUACGCCACCAUCUUCCCGCGGCCCAUUCCGGGCUGUUCAUUCUGCGCCGAUGUGCCACUGUGGAAGUGUGACAGCUACGUGCGCUGUAUCAUUCGCCAGGUGGCCGACAGUGCCCUCCACCCUGGGGGCGCCUGUCGCAUGGGCUCCGCAGACCGAACUGACACCGUCGUCGAUCCACAGCUUCGAGUUAGGGGCAUCAACCAGCUGCGAGUCAUCGACUCCUCGGUCAUUCCUGAACUGGCCAAUGCCAAUACUCACGCUGCUUCAGUCAUGAUCGGCGAGAAGGGCGCCGACCUAUUAAGGCAAAUGGCAAAUUGA